GUCGCCGGCGCGGCGCGGGCGGCCCGAAGUGGCGACGCGGUCACCCGUUCUGCGGGUCAAGUCCACGGUGAAGACCUCUCCGCGCGCACGGGGGGUUUGGUCCUGGUCUCUGGGGUCAACUCUCGGCUGACAGAUCUUUGUCUGCUGGCCCCAGAGGGCUUUGCUGUGAAGCGAGUUGAUGGCUGCAUCGCAAGCCUGCAGGAUGCGGAAGCGAUUCUGGAGCAGGCACAGGCCGAAUAUCCCCACCUCGACAUCGCCGGUCUAAUGCAUGUGGGAGGUGCUGCAGCUUCGAACUCAGCAGGCACCAUUGCCACUGGAGCAGCCCCUGCUUUCGACGAGUCCCUGCGAUCUCUGAGCUUUCUGGUCUCAGCUCUCGUCCCAAGAAUGCGCAAGGGAGCCAGGCUCCUCGCCGUGUCCUGCGAGGAGGCGCUGCAGAGUCCAGCUCGCUGGGGAGCCGGUCGCGGUGCGUCGGUUCUGGCCACGCACUUCAUGGAGCAGUACAUGGAAGCUCUGGCGCACGAGCUGCGAGAGUCAGGAGUGACCGUCUAUGGGAUGCGCUUCACUGAUGCUGCUGCCAGGAUGGUGUCCCUUUCCAUGGACGAGGAGGCUCGUGAAAGAUUGGUUCGCGAGAUCAGCGACAUUUGGCAGCUGCCACACCGGGAAGCCCAUGGUGUGGUCUUUCCUGUGGGAAGGCCGGCCGUCACCUACACAUCUUCGAGCGCACGGGGAGGCAGCGUGCUUGGUGCCUCGGUGGACGUUCGCUGGGCCUUCCGUGCUGCCGCGGAACGUGUCGCUGAAUAUCCUGCUGCUGGACGUCCAUCUGCCUAUCAGGAGUUGGCGAAUGCUCUCAGAACAGAAGAAGACCGACUGGUUUGGUGCCAUGGAGCUUCAGACGUAAUUCUCCGGGUUGGCCAGGCCGCGGCCAAGCUGGGAGGUGCUGCCUUGAGCUCCAAUGUGGUGCUGGUCGAAGGUCCCACGUGGCCCAAUGUGAAAGCUUUGCUGCGCAGCGCUGGUCUGACCGGCAUCGAGGAG